AUGAAUGACGGGCGUUUGGUAGAUACUGGAACCGACAACACUGUCAUCUUCAGGACGGGCUUUAGGCAGGAUGAAGGGCGGGGUUCGCUUGAAAACAUUCCUGGUCUUUUUUCCAACGGCACUACAAUGGGGCCAUUGCGUAAGUUGACUUUUUAA